CGGGCCGCGGGCGCUGAGCGAGCGUGUGCGGGCAAAGCGCCGGGGGCCGCUGCCGCCGCUGCUGCUGCCGCCGUUCUCCUCCUCCUCCUUCUCUUCCCUCAGCCGCCGCCGCCAUUUUGUGCGAGUGCCUCGCGCGGGCGCCAUGUUUGUAAGGAAGAAUUAGGGCCGCCAUCUCCGGCCAGCAGCACCUCCCUCCCCCCGUGUGUGUGUCCUCCCGCUCUCCUGUGCCCCGGGGCUGCCGCUCGAGCCGCCGCCGCCGCCACCGCCUCCCCGCAGCGCCCGCGCGGGGCGGCCGGGCCCGGGCGCUGAGUGCCCGUUAGUGUCUCACUAAGUAACCGGAAGAUGGAGAGCUGGAAGAUGGGGAAAUAGAUGAUGCAGCCUAUGAGGAUGUGAAGGAACAUGGUUCCAAAGGGGAGGAUAAACAGAAAAAUGAGAAAGGCCACCGGAAAUCCCGGAAAAAACGCAAAAAAGAGAAGGAAAAGAAAAAAUCCAAAAGGAGAAGACGGGACAAGCAUAAGCAUAACUCCCCAUCCAGCGAUGACAGCUCCGACUACAGCCACGACUCCGACAUGGAGCGCACGGAAAGGCCCCACAAGAAAAGCAGCAGCUCUUCCUACCGGGAUUAUGAUUCCUCCUUCAGUCAGCAUGGACACGUGUCAGGGAAUUACAUGAGUUCCCAGAAAAUGCAGCAUAAAAAAAAUGUCAAAAGUAAGGAAUAUGACAACUACAGUCAUUACAGUGAUGAAAACUUUGGCAAUUACAACGAGGAGGAAAAGGAUGAGGAUUUUGCUGACCAGCUCAAACAGUACAGACAAGCUAAAGAGACUUCCAGUGGGGAUUUGGGACCUCCAUUCCCAAAGGAACCAGUGAAGAAACAGGGCAUGAAAGGGAUCCAGAAAGGUUAUUCCUGUUUUCCAGGCAUUUCCCAACGAGGGAACAACUACAAUGUUGGAAGAGGGCGUGGAAUGCAAAAGAAACUGAAGCGCAAAGAUCGUGGCAGGGGCAGAGGUGGCAAUAAAGGAUCUGAUGGCUUCCAUGAGGAUGGCAAACCAGUGAAGAAAUGGGUUAAUAUGAGCCAGGAGUUCAUCAACCAGCACACAGUGGAGCACAAGGGCAAACAGAUCUGUAAAUACUUCCUUGAAGGGAGGUGCAUUAAGGGAGAACAAUGUAAAUUUGAUCAUGAUGCAGAGAUUGAAAAGAAAAAGGAAAUCUGUAAGUUUUACAUCCAGGGUUACUGCACCAAAGGAGAGAACUGCAUUUAUUUGCACAAUGAAUUCCCCUGCAAGUUCUACCACACAGGAGCAAAGUGUUAUCAAGGAGAUAAAUGCAAAUUCUCUCACGCGCCCCUGACUGCAGAAACCAAGGAGCUGUUGGAUAAGGUUUUGAAUAAUGAGGAGGAACCCCAAAAUGAAGAUGAGAAGGAGCUGGAGGAACUCCGGAAGCGGGGCAUUGUUCCUCUUCCCAAACCCCCGCCGGGGGUCGGUCUCCUGCCAACCCCUCCGGAGCAAUAUCCCUUCUCCGAGUCUGACAUGGAAAAUUACCAAGAUCCUUCAGGAGAUUAUAAGAAAAUCCCAUCUCUUUUUGAAAUCGUUGUGAAGCCCACUGUGGAUUUGGCACACAAAAUUGGGAAGAAGCCACCAACCUUCUACAACAGCGCGUCACCCCCGCGGCCGCCGUUCCAGGGCAACGACCCACAUUCCCAGCACAUGUACAAUCCAGGCUCGAGUCCAGGGCCAGGUCCUGGCAUGUCCCAAGGACACAACGGGCCCCCGAUGCACCCCGGUUCUCCUGGGCACCAUCCCUGCGGAGGCCCCCAAGGGCCGGGAAUGCCGCAGAGCCCCCCCAUGCAGGGCGUUCCUCCAGGGUACAUGGGCCCGCAGAACCAGACUGGAAUGCCCAUGCAGGGGCAGCAGGGUGGGCCACCCCUCACCCCACCGGGGAUGGGAGGAUCCUACAAUUCCCCUGGAGUGCAGGGACACAUGGUGAACAUGCCAAGGGACAACCACUGCCCCCCGGGGCCACAGUACCAGCAGAUGCCUGGCGAGUACGAGCCCAUGCAGAACCCGGCUGACUUCUACGACAACUAUUAUUCCCACCAAGCUGUACACAACUUCCAGCCAGCCAAUAAUUCUGGAGAUGGAGCAUGGCACGGAGAAUUUACGGAUCACCAGGCUCACCUCAUGGCUCCGGAGUCCCAUCCAGGCGGGAGCGAGUCGGACUGCAUGGGUGGCCACAUGGGCCACAACCAGGGCAUCAACGUGCCCGAUUUCCUGCCGGCCAUGCAGAAGGCCCUGUAUGUGAGGCUCAGCCAGAAGCACCAGCGGGAUGGAGACUCUGCCAGCAGCCAGGGCCAGAGGGCCAUGAGCAAAGAUGAAGAUGACAAUGUCAACUGGUAUUCCAGUAGUGAGGAAGAAGAGGGAAGCAGUGUUAAAUCAAUCCUCAAAACCUUAAAGAAACAAAGUGAAAACUUUAGGAAUCGGCAACAACAUUCCACGGAGCAGCACAUGCUUGGGAUGCCAACGGAUCCCAGGCUGGCAAAAGACAAAGGUGUGGGGCCUCAGGCUGCUGACCCGAGACUCCGGGCCUCUCCAAGGCCCAAUCCCAGGAAGCCUUCGGAGUCGGCAUCCCUGGAUCCCCGGCUGGCCCGCGAUCCACGGAUGCACAAGGUCAGCGAGGGCGGCCAUCCCGGCCCCUCCCUGGCUGGGGCCAAGCUGGAUUUGCACCACGCCCACGCCGGAGUGAAGGUCAAGCAGAAAGGGCUGGAUGAUGACGAGGAGGACUCGGAGAGGGAGCUGAGGGAACGAGCUUUCCUCAUUCCCUUGGAACCUCUGCCGGGCGUCACGUUACGGGAUCCCCGCUCCCAGCUGCGGCAGUUCAGCCACAUUAAGAUGGAUGUGACCCUGAUGAAACCCAACUUUGCCAAACACAUUGUGUGGGCCCCCGAGGACUUGCUCCCAAUCCCUCUGCCUAAACCCGACCCCGUCUCUUCCAUCAAUUUACCUCUCCCUCCACUCAUUGCUGACCAGAGACUGAAUAAACUGCGGAAUUUGAAGAACGAUCCACACCCCAGUGCGAUGCCAGCUGAUCCCCGGCUCGCUGCCAAGGCCAAAAACAGCCUUGUGGGCCGGGGUGGCUACUUGGAUCCACCCACAGAUUCCCAUGCCAGUAGCUCCAGCAAACUGGGGGAUCCUCGCUUGCAAAAGAACGUUGAUCCCAGACUCCACAGACUGUCGAGUGCAGACGCUCACCACGGAGUCGGGAAGGAUUCCCACCCUCCCAAGUUUGACCCCCGGCUCGCCAGAGCUGCUGCCAGCUCAUCCCAGCCCUCGGAAGCCACGACUCCGAAAUCCGACCCCGAUGCUCUGCCUCCCUAUGCGCCCAAAUUAUCAUCCAGUGGCGUUAGGCUGGGAAGUCCCGGCUCCAUCCUGAGCGGGAUCAGUUUGUAUGAUCCCAGGGAUCACAGCUCAUCCUCGGACACGGCUCCAGCCAGUUCGGGAGAGAAUGGAGAGAACCAGAAAAAAAGCAUUUUGAAAAAUUCCAGUAAAAAUGAGCCGAGUCUUGCGGAAGAUGCGUCGCAGCAGAAGGCUGCCUCCAACACGGAAAAACCCACGGAAGGAUCAGCAGAAGCUGCUUCAGACAAGGCAAACAGCACCAGUAAAUCUCAGGCUAAACACUCCAGCGCUGCCCCUGCCGUCCAUAAUCUCCCAAUCCAGGCUCUGUCGGGGUUAAUCCGGCCACAGUACAGUGACCCCAGGCAGGUGAGGCAGCCCGGACAGGUAACGCAGGCCCCGGAGAGCGAUCCCAACGGGGAGUCGGAUGAUAAAUCCUUAAAAGAUGUUUUCAAGACUUUCGAUCCAACUGCUUCCCCUUUUUGUUAGCAGAUGGCUUUGGAGUCUUUUUACCGUUGUGGGUAUUGCAGUUCUCUGCUGUUUUGUACCUGGGUUACCUCUUUUGGCUUUAUUUAUUUUUAAAUUAUAAUUCCCACCACUUUUCAGCUGCUAAUCUCCGAACCACACGCAGUUCUCCAGUACGCUCGAGUGUUUGCAAAGCUGUGGUAUUUUCUAGAGAAUCCUUUUUCUUUCCAAUUUCAGGGAGACUAAUAAUUGACCUGUAGAAAGGAAACCAAUCCCCCCGGAUCAUGUUAGAGCUGAGAAAAGCACUUUCAUUGUAAAUAAGUCAUGGAAAAUUCCCAGAGCUGUAUAUGUGUGAGCUGCCUCUUUCCCAACCACCACUUAGAUCCGAUUGCCACAUUUGUAUAGAUCCAAGCAAUAUUAUGUACAUGAAUUCCCAGGAGAGAUGCCGUUCCAGGACUGCCAAACCCCUGAACUGAUGGAUAACCUCACGGAAAUUAAUUCAAAGGAAAGCGUCGCUCCUCCUUUUCCAAUGAGUUGAUGUAAGACACGGACAGUUUUUAUUCCUGCAGUCAAUAUUAGUGUAAAAGAGACUAUAUCACAUAUUGAGGAUGAAAAAUGUCAUAUCUUUUAAAAGUAUUUUAUUCUAUGCUGUACAUAGAAGAAAUUGUGAAGUACAUAACUAGCAAAAGUAACUGUUCGAAGUGGAGAAAACUACAUUGUCUAAUACGGAAAAAAAAAAGGUUUUUAUUUAAUUUUUUUCCACGCCUACACGAUUGGGAUUUAGUGCUCCGAGUUCCAUUGUGGUGUUCAUGUAUUUCAACGUAUUUUUGUAUUCAGCUGCUUAAUUUGUAUUGCUUUUUUUGUAUGGCUGUAACUGCAGUACUUGUAUUCAUGGUGUCUCGACGACAUUUUUAACAAAACAAUUAAAAAGGGUACAGUUAA